AUGAAUCCAAAAGUACGCGACCUGUACAAGCGCUUCCUGUUCGUCGGACGUGACUAUCCACUAGGACUAGCUUACACACGUGAAAAAGUGAAGGAUGCCUUUUUUCAAAAUCGUAAGCUUACGGAUCCUGUGCUUAUUAAGAAAGCAAUCAAACGUGGACGCUGGAUGGUGCGUGAAAUGGUCGGCGUUAUCCAGCUUAAGAAGUACAGGACGCUUAAUAGCCGCUACACGUCUGAGGACUUGCGCGAGAAGCUGCGGGCCAUUGAAAGUCGUCGAGUACUAUAG